AUUUAGCCAUCUUCAUUCUCACACUCAACCUUCUCCUCUCUUCCUUCAUUUUCUUUGUUUUUUCCUUGAUCUGAUUCCUCUACUAGAUUUUGUUCCCAUAUCACACACCGAGAAAAAGAGAAGAGAAAAGAAUAGAUACAACUUUACUUCUAAAAUUCUGAAGAAUAAAAUUAGAAAAGAGUAUACCAUGGUUUUCUCCUCCAUCCAAGCUUAUCUUGAUUCAUCCAACUGGCAACAAGCGCCCCCGAGCAAUUAUAAUCAGAGUGGCGCAGGACCCUCAGAAACCGGAGGUCAUGGUCUUUGUCAUCAGCUGCAGCCACAAUCGCAGCCACUGUCCAAUGGUAGUGGAGUCAGCGGCUCGAUCCGACCAGGAUCGAUGGUGGACAGAGCAAGACAAGCAAACAUAGCCAUGCCAGAAGCUGCACUGAAAUGUCCAAGAUGCGAAUCCACCAACACCAAGUUCUGUUACUUCAACAACUACAGCCUCACUCAGCCACGCCACUUCUGCAAAGGCUGCCGGAGAUACUGGACGCGUGGCGGUGUCCUCCGCAACGUCCCCGUUGGUGGUGGAUAUCGGAGAAACAGGCGUACUAAAAGCAGCAGCAACAACAACAACAACAACAGCACCGCCACUAGCAACAACACAAGCUUCUCCUCCGAAGCCUCGGGGAAUGCAUCCACCAUCAGCGCCAUUCUCUCCUCGAACUACGGAGGAAACCACGAGAGCAUCCUGAGUCAGUUUUUGUCUCCAGGGAGGCUAAUGAAUCCUAAUUAUAAUCAACAUCUAGGAGAGCUCUUAGAUAAUACAAAAACAGAUAACAGCAUGAGUUUAUUUAACUAUGGAGGAUUGAGUCAAGACUUGAGGUCAGUCCACAUGGGAACUUCAGGUGGAUCGCUUAUGAGCUGUGUUGAUCCAUCUUCAAAUGGGUUUUACCCUUUUGAAUCGCCGAGGACAACUUCUGCGUCGUUCUCAUCUGCUUUAGCCUCGCAGUUUUCUUCCGUUAAAGUUGAAGAUAAUCCUUACAAAUGGGUUAAUGUCAAUGGUAAUUGCUCUUCCUGGACUGAUCUUUCUACUUUCGGCUCUUCUCGUUGAGUUCAAUUCAACCAAAAAAAAAAAAACUAGAGGGUACGUACUGAUGAAAGCCCUAGUACUAAUUAUUAGGUUAAUUUUAUCUUGUUUUACGUUUUUCUUUUGUUUAGUUUAUGUUGUUUACUAUUUCCCUUGUUCUCGAUCUGUGGUUCUAGCUAGGUGUGUAGCUUAAGUCAUUGGGUGUUCUGGAGAAUGUUCCUUUGUUCCUUUUGUCAACAAUUUUUCUUUUUUAACUAUUUUUUGUCAACAAUGUUCCUUUGUUAUCUUUCGAGUUUGAUUA